AAUUGAAUAACAAUCGAACUGAAGAAGCACGUGUACCAAGUGUGCCUGUCGAUGGUGUUCCAUCUGCUAAUAAUAUGAGAUCAAAUACAUUACCACAAAUGUCACAGAUACAACAACAACAACAACAACAACAACAACAAGUGCCUGAUUCAGCAGUAAACAAAUCAAAUUCAUUAAGAGCAAAACAAACAGUAACAUUGGCAACGACGAGAACACAUGUUGAAACCCCCACGGAUGAAAGUAGUGUAGCGUCACUAGAUUUUCCAGCAGAUAUGGAUGUACCGGGUUCAUGGAAGUUUCGUUCACUUGAUGGUAAUGUACAUCGCGUAACACGUGGUAGACAUCGAGCUCCAUUGCCUAACUCUUUCAUUGAUCCAACUGGUAUUCACAGUGAUACAGAAAUUGUUCGAUCUGCCAGCUUUCGUCAUAUGCAACAUCAACCAACACUACUUCAGAAUUCAAGAAUAUAUGGCUCCAUACCAGCAAUAAGCAAAACGUAUGACUCAAUGCGUAAUGGUGUUCAAUUUAACAUGACUCGUAUGAGUGAAAAAGAUGCCCAAAAAGUAGCUUCGUUUUAUCAAAGUAUCGGUACACUUGUUUAUGUUGGCCGUUCAAUAGCAACAUUAUAUACAAGCGAUUUUAAUUCAAUGGCAAAUUUAAAAGAUUGGAGAAAAUUGUACACUGGUAUCCCAGUUUGGUUAUUUAACACUGGCAUGAAUCCAAAACGUGGUCGAAGUAUUCGAUUAAUAAUUAGUGAAAUUGGAAGUUCGUUUACUCUCUGGGAUACAAUUGUAAAUGGUGCGUCAGAUGUUCGUCUACCGAAAGAACGUCAUAUAACAUUAAAAUCAUUAGAAAAAGGCACUGUUCUAGCAUUAAAAUUUGAUGAUAUGAGUGCAACAGAAGAAUUUCACAAUUAUUUUAGUCGUUUAUCAUCUGAUCCAAGAAAUCAAGAUUUAUUCGAUGUAUUUAAUCCAAAACGUCGUUUACCAAUAUUUCCAUUAAGAAAGAAAAAAGUGAAAAAAUCGGCUAUUUCAAAACCCACAGAAUUUAAUCAUAUCACAAAGGUGGAUGAAAAUGAUCGAGAAAGUUUGUACACUUAUUCUGUUCUUGUUGAAGAUCAUUAA